AUGCGCCUGCAGCAUGUCCUCACACAGCAGCUCCGCCGACUCUUGCGCCGCUACGCUCUCCUGCGCCGUGCCUCCCUUGCGACCUUGCUGCUCACAAUCACAUGGCUGGCGGUGAUUUACUGGGGCGAGCGGUCGGUGUACGCCCACCACAUUGACGCCUGUCACUGGGAAGAGUGGGAAAAGUGGCCGCAAGGGGCGCAGCCGCACCAUCUCGUCCUCGUCGCCGAUCCCCAGCUCGUCGACCCUCACACCUAUCCCGGCCGACCAUGGCCGCUCGACACCCUGACCGAGAAGUACACCGACCUGUACAUGUCGCGCAACUUUCGCUUGAUCAAUUCAAACCUCGACCCCGACUCUGUCGUCUUUCUCGGGGAUCUCUUCGACGGUGGACGGGAAUGGGCCCCAGAGACACCGAAAGAGCUUACGUUCAAUCAGAAGCAGACAUGGAAGAAGUGGACGCAGAAGCAGUGGUUGGCGGAUUUGGCUCGAUUCAGCAAGAUCUUCCUCGAUCAAGACCAAUUGUACCCACAAGAAAAUCGCGAGCUAUUCGCACUCUACGACUAUGCCACUUCAGGAGGCAGACGGCGACGGAUAAUCACAAGCUUGCCAGGCAACCAUGAUCUUGGCUUCGGCCCGGGUGUUCAACUUCCCAUCCGUGAUCGCUUCCAGAGUCACUUCGGCGAGGGUAAUCGCCUCGAUAUUAUCGGCAACCAUACUUUCGUCAGCUUGGACAGCCCAUCACUGUCCGCACAUAGCUUCUUCGCCCCGAACGGCUUCGAGACCGACACGGAGCAAGACACGUUCAAGCAUAUCUGGCUACCAAGCAUGCAAUUCAUGGAACAACUGCGCGCGCCAACGCGAAAAGCCGUGGCAGAAGCGCUUCGUGAGUUCUACCCGGAUCAACCACAGACGGGGCGAUGGGCGCACGACGUCACCAUGGCAAAGGACGCUGUCACUCCGGCGGAUGAAAAAGCCGGGCCUGAGUAUGGCAAAUCUAAGCCAAAUCUACCUGUUGUCCUCUUGACCCAUGUUCCCCUAUACCGGGCUCCCGAUACGUCUUGCGGACCACUCCGGGAAAGCCCGAAUCCCAUUCAAAUACGAAUGGGAUACCAGUACCAAAAUGUCAUCACGCCCGGGCUCUCCAAGGAGAUCGUGAUCAAAAUCACGGAAGCUGCUGGUGACAUUGUGCAAGUCUUCUCCGGAGACGACCACGAUUACUGCGAUAUCGAGCAUCGCUUCAACAUCGCCCCGACCCUCGAUAUGGUGGAGCUGGUCAAGACCAAGUUGUAUCACAUCCGCGAAAUCACGGUCAAGAGCUUCAGCUGGGCGAUGGGGGUGCGGAGGCCGGGCUUCGUCCUUGUGAGCCUCUGGAACCCCGUCGAUAAGGAGGGCAUAAGCUUGCGCGGGUCCGAAACGUCCACGAUCCAAACACACCUAUGCCUCUUACCCGACCAGCUGAGCAUCUUCCUCGAUUAUGCAAUGCUGUUUGUACUCACAUUGGUGCUGAUCAUUGUUGACGCAAUCUACUGGAGC